AUGUCCGACGUGGAAGAGGCUGAGAGCAAGCAACCAGAGGCCCUUGCCCAGAGUGAGGCCGCUGAGAAUGAUGCCUUGGCCGAGACAGAACAGCUUGUGCCAGAAGAGGAAGAGGCACAGCCUUGCGAUGAUGACAUGUCCGACGUGGAAGAGGCUGAGAGCAAGCAACCAGAGGCCCUUGCCCAGAGUGAGGUAUCUGAUAAUCCGGUGUUGCCUGUGCGGCAUGAUGUGGAGGAGGCACUGCCUUGCGAUGAUGACAUGUCAGAUGAGACAGAGGCUGCUGGAGAAGUGGAGGUGAGAGACGAGCCGUCUCCAAAUGCAGGUCGAGUGGUGCCUGUGGCAACUGUGGCAACCCACCUGGCAACCCCGAGGCGCAGAUCAGUUGCGACCAAAGUGGCUGAUUGCAAGGCCCGCUUGGCGGAGCUCCAAGCUCUAAAGACACAGAAGUUGGAAGAGGAGGACUACAUGGGCGCCCAUGAAGCCAAGCAGAUGAUCCUGGAACAAGAACAGAUGCUUCAGGCGUUGCGCGUGGAAGGAACACCCACGCCUAGCAACGCUCCAGCCGGAAGCGACCCCCGCUGGUGCCCCAGCGAAGAACGGCCCGAGAGCAUGGAGCUACAGGGUUUGGAGGGGAAAGCCUUCACCUUGCCCAACGAUGUCUUCGACCGGCUCUACGGCUAUCAGCGCGAGGGAGUCGCAUGGAUGGCAAAGCUAAUGAGUCGGCAGCAUGGAGGAGUGCUGGCAGAUGAAAUGGGCCUCGGAAAGACGAUCCAGGUGUGCGCCUUGCUGAAUGGCGCUCGAAAGGCUGGGAAGACUCAUGCGCUCCUGCUGAUGCCAGUGACCUUGUUGGAACAGUGGAGCAGAGAGGCUAAGAGCUGGUGUCCAGGAUGGCCUGUGUACACCUACUAUGGGACUGCGCCCCAGAGGGCCAAAGCCUUGCGUGGUAUUCGGCGACCCAUGGGAGGUUUGUUGUUGACCUCUUAUUCACUGGCGAUCAAUUGUGAAGAACUUUUGCAGGUGCGUGUGGAAGACACGCCGGAGCCGACACGUCGUCGCGGAAGGCCACCAGGGCCUCAGCCCUCCAAGCGCCGGAAGCUGGAUGAUGACGAUGGUGAGGGGGAGGCUGUGGAGUCAGAGGAGGAAAUCGAGCCAGAACUGCCUGGUGGUGGGGAAGGGCUCCCAGAGAUUGGCAGCACCAGGGCUUGGGACCUGGUGAUCUGUGACGAGGCUCACAGGAUGAAGAACAUGUCUUCCUUGCUGGCCAAGAGUCUUCGUGGACUGAAGUCCAAAUGUCGCAUUCUUCUGACGGGAACUCCUGUGCAGAAUGCCUUGCAGGACUUGUGGGCCUUGAUGGACUUUGCCCAACCAGGGCUGCUGGGAAACCACGCCACGUUUGUGAAGACUUUCAGCGAGCCCAUCGACCGCGGAAGUGUUCGCGGAGCCAAGGUCUGGGCGGUGGAGCUCAAGAAACACUUGGCUGAGCAGCUGCGGGCCCUAAUCAAUCCUCACCUCCUUCGUCGGACCAAAACAAGUGCUGGCAUUAUGGGAGAUGGUGAAAUCGAUGGAUCUGGGGAGGAUGUGGAGAUGGAGGAUUCGACCCCCGUGGACGUCGAGGGAGUCGUGAAGAAGCUGCCCAGCAAGAAGGAAACCAUCGUUUGGCUUUAUCCUAGCGAAGAGCAGGAGGCCAUGUAUAAGAAGGUGUUGGAGCAGAGCGAGGUGAUCAGGGAGGCUUGCAACAAGUCCAAGCUGGGCAUUGAGGUCUUCCGCGCCAUUGGUCUUCUGAAGCGCCUGUGCAAUCACCCGCUGUUGCUAUUGCAGAUGCCCAAAGUCAAGGACUGGGCAGAGCUCCUGAAAGAGGUGCAGGCUCAAGAGACCAGCACUGAGGCAGAGAAAGAGCCUUCAGAGGCUGAGCCUGAGCAGGAUGAGGUGAUGGCAGAGGGUGCCUCUGCAGAGGCAGCUUCUGCUGAUUCAGCGGAGGAUGGUGCUGAUCCUCCAUCGCCUGAUGUCGAGGAGAUGCUGAAGAAGUUGUCUCGAAAUUGCCAGGAUGUGUUGCAGCAAAGCGCAAAGCUGCGAUGCCUCUCGAAGCUCUUGCCAGACCUAGCCGCAAAAGGUCAUCGCACACUAGUCUUCUCGCAGAGUGUCAAGAUGUUGGACCUGGUACAGAUCUGCUGUCUCAAACCCAACGGUCUACGAUGUUUGCGUAUCGAUGGCUUGACAGAGACACAGGCGCGUGCAGAAAAGGUGGCCAAGUUCAACAACCAGCCUGAACGCUUCCAGUGUAUGCUUCUCACUACCGCCGUGGGUGGGGUGGGGUUGAACCUCACAGCAGCUGACCGAGUGGUGCUGGUGGAUCCUGCUUGGAAUCCUGCCACUGAUGCCCAGGCUGUGGACCGUGCCUACCGCAUUGGACAGACCAAGGAGGUGAGGGUCUAUCGUCUCAUUAUGAGUGGGAUGGUGGAGGACAAGAUGUUUCGCUUGCAGGUCUUCAAGAUGGGGCUCACGCGCACAGCACUGGAAGCUGAUCAACAGCACCGUUACUUCACGGUCUUCCUGGCUUUGACAAGACAAUUUGAUGAUUGUCUGGUGUACCUGAGACGAUUGGAAACCUCCAACAGCAGACUUUUCAUGGUUCGGAAUAGUUUAUAA